UUAGUGGACACAGACAGAGAGACACAGAGAGACAGAGAGAGAGAGAUGGGAAGUGAGGGAUAUGUUCCAUUGUUUGAGACUACAAGGGCCAGAGGGACGGUGGCGUACAGGGUGUUUGCAAGCACCAUCUUCCUGGGGAUAUGCAUGAUAUGGGCUUAUAGAUUGAGUCAUGUGCCGAGUGAACCCGAGCACGGUCCGAUCUGGGUCUGGUCUGGCCUGCUCGCGGCCGAGCUGUGGUUCGGCCUCUACUGGGUUCUCACGCAAGCUUGCCGCUGGAGCCUCGUCUAUCGCCGCACCUUCAAGGAUCGGCUCUCUCACAGGUAUGAAAAAGAUCUACCUGGGGUGGACAUAUUUGUGUGCACGGCAGAUCCCGCUAUCGAGCCACCAAUGAUGGUGAUCAAUACUGUCCUGUCGAUGAUGGCUUACGAUUACCCGCCGGAGAAAAUAAGUGUCUAUCUCUCGGAUGACGCCGGUUCGAACAUCACGUACUACGCUUUGCUAGAAGCUUCUCAAUUCGCCAAGCACUGGAUACCAUUCUGCCGAAGAUUCAAGGUGGAGCCCAGGUCGCCAGCGGCUUAUUUCCGAUCGCCGUCAAGCGAUCAACUUAGCGCCAACGGUAAAAAUGAAGAAUUGUCCGCUAUCAAGAAACUAUAUGAAGACAUGAAGAAUAGGAUCGAAACUGCCCACAAACUCGGCCGGAUCUCCGAGGAUAUCCGCUCAAAACAUAAGGAGUUCUCUCAGUGGGAUUCCUAUAUUUCUCGACACGAUCACGACACGUUUCUUGAGAUACUAAUCGAUAGGACGACCCGGAAGGCCAUGGAUGCCAAAGGCAAUCCGCUGCCCACACUGGUUUACAUGGCUCGCGAAAAGAGGCCGCAAUAUUUUCAUAACUUCAAAGCCGGAGCCAUGAAUGCGCUGAUAAGGGUAUCAUCGGCUAACAGCAACGGGAGGAUCAUUCUCAAUGUGGACUGCGACAUGUACUCGAACAACUCGGAGUCAAUAAGAGACGCGCUUUGCUUUUUCAUGGAUGAAGAAAGAGGGGAUGAGAUUGCCUACGUGCAGUUCCCGCAAAACUUCGAGAAUGUCACCAAGAACGAACAGUAUAGCAGUUCAUCAAGAGUGAUUUUUGAGGUGAAAUUUCAUGGCUCGGAUGGUCAAGGAGGUGUGCUCUAUGAUGGGAGCGGCUGCUUUCACAGGCGAGACACUCUUUGCGGGAAGAAGAUCAGCAGAAAAGUCAUAACUAGAUGGAGUGAAAAUAGUGGAAUCGACCAAAAUGGAGGCAUUUAUAAACCAGAAGAGCUCAAGAAACUUGCAAGCUGCAGUUAUGAGGAGAACACUGAAUGGGGAAGAGAGAUGGGCUUAAAGUACGGUUGUCUGUCGGACGACGUGAUCACGGGGCUGUCAAUCCAGUACCGAGGAUGGAGAUCCGUCUACUUCAACCCCAGGAGGAACGCUUUCCUAGGCGUCGUGCCAACCACGCUGCUCCAGUCGCUCGUGCAGCACAAGAGAUGGUCGGUGGGCGAGUUCCAGAUCUUGCUGUCCCGAUACAGCCCGGCAUGGCACGGGCUCGGGAAGAUCAGCCCUGGCCUCAUAAUGUGCUAUCUCCCCUAUUGCCUCAAGGCUCCUAAUUGCUUGCCGACUCUCUAUUACACUAUCAUCCCCUCACUUUGCCUAGUGAAAGGCAUUUCGUUGUUUCCAGAGGUCACAAGCCCAUGGUUCAUUCCAUUUGGAUUCGUGAUUUUUUGCAAAUACGCUUAUAGUUUGGCAGAGUACCUCUGGUCUGGCGGCACGGUCCUCGGUUGGUGGAACGACCAGAGAAUGUGGCUCUACAAGAGGACUAGCUCUUACCUCUUCGCCGCCAUCGACAUAGUGGCAAAACUGCUGGGGUGCUCCGAGCCAGCGUUCGUGAUCACUUCGAAGGUGGCCAAAGAAGGAGUCGCCCAGCGGUACGAGAAGGAGAUGAUGGAGUUCGGGGCCACGUCCCCAAUGUUCACCAUAUUGACCACUCUCGCUCUGCUCAACCUGGUUUGCUUCCUCGGCGCGGCACUGAAGGGGUUCGCAUCUGGGGGUGCCGGGUUCUUCGGAUCGAUGUCGCUGCAAGCAAUUUUGUGUGCAGUUCUGAUUCUUAUCAAUCUGCCAAUCUAUCAUGGCAUUCUAAGGAAGGAUGAGGGCAAGAUGCCAAUUUCUACAACAAUGAAUUCUCAUGCACCUGGUUAUAUGUUGACUGUGGUUCUGGGGCUAUUUCUAUCCCUACAUGCGGUAUCUGGAAUUAGAUUUAUGAUUGAUAGGGAAGAAUGCUUUGCCCAUGAUGUUCAGUAUGAAGGGGACACUGUUCAUGUAUCUUUCGUGGUGAUCAAAUCUGAUUCAGCUUGGCAUUACAGUCAAGAUGGUGUUGAUCUUGUGGUGAAAGGACCUUCUGGUAAUCAGAUUCAAGAUUUUCAUGACAAGAUCAGUGAGAAAUUUGAGUUUAUGGCUCACCAUAAGGGUGUUCAUCGGUUCUGCUUUACUAACAAGUCUCCUUAUCAUGAAACCAUCGACUUUGAUGUACAUGUUGGCCAUUUUGCAUACUACGAUCAGCAUGCAAAGGACGAGCAUAUCAACCCCUUGUUGGAACAGAUAGGGAAGUUGGAGGAGGCUCUCUACAACAUUCAGUUUGAGCAGCAUUGGCUGGAGGCUCAGACUGAGCGUCAAGCAAUUGUGACCGACGCAAUGAGCAGAAGGGCAGUCCAUAAGGCUUUCUUCGAGUCAGCAGCACUUAUCGGGGCAAGCGUUCUCCAAGUUUACCUUCUCCGCCGCCUUUUUGAGAGGAAGCUCGGUAUCUCUCGAGUUUAACAUUGAUACUGUCCGAUGACGCUUAAUUAAUUAGAGAUUUUGGUUACCAACACCAGUCUUCAAUUCUUUCUUUUAAAUAUCCAUGGAGACAUGUAUAGACAGGGAAACUGUUUACUUUGGGAAACGUGAUAUGGUAGAUGACUUGGAGGUGAAAAACAGAAUGCGUCAGGCCACGAAGAAAAAUUGGGAAA